CUCCGCGGCUGCUCCGAGUCGGACUCCGCGCGCAGCCGCCACCGCCGCCGCUCCGGCCCCGCACGCGGCCCGCCUGGCCCAGCUCCCGCCGCGGCCCCUCGCCCCGUCCCCGCCCGGUCGUCGGCCCGGGGGCGCGCAGGGGGCAGGGCGGGCGCCCCAGUGAAGCCCGAGAGACGCGCGCGCCAGGGCUCCUUUGUGGACUUCACGGCCGCCAACAUCUGGGCGCCGCGCGGGCCACCGCUGGCCACCGCGCCGCCACCUCGCCUUGGGGACCGUAGGAGGCGCAGCCCCAAGGCCGGAGACUUCGGUUCGGCACCAGCCCCCCGGGAUGCAGUAGCGGCCGCCGAGCGGAGGCCGCGAAGCAGCUGCAGCCGCCGCCGCGCAGAUCCACGCUGGCUCCGUGCGCCAUGGUCACCCACAGCAAGUUUCCCGCCGCCGGGAUGAGCCGCCCCUUGGACGCCAGCCUGCGCCUCAAGACCUUCAGCUCCAAGAGCGAGUACCAGCUGGUGGUGAACGCAGUGCGCAAGCUGCAGGAGAGCGGUUUCUACUGGAGCGCCGUGACCGGCGGCGAGGCGAACCUGCUGCUCAGUGCAGAGCCCGCUGGCACCUUCCUUAUCCGCGACAGCUCGGACCAGCGCCACUUCUUCACGCUCAGCGUCAAGACCCAGUCGGGGACCAAGAACCUGCGCAUUCAGUGCGAGGGGGGCAGCUUCUCUCUGCAGAGCGACCCCCGGAGCACGCAGCCCGUGCCCCGCUUCGACUGCGUGCUCAAGCUGGUGCACCACUACAUGCCGCCUCCGGGCGCCCCCUCCUUCCCCUCGCCACCGACAGAACCCUCCUCGGAGGUGCCUGAGCAGCCUCCUGCCCAGCCGCUCCCAGGGAGCCCCCCCAGGAGAGCCUAUUACAUCUACUCAGGGGGCGAGAAGAUUCCCCUGGUGCUGAGCCGGCCCCUCUCCUCCAACGUGGCCACUCUGCAGCAUCUCUGUCGGAAGACCGUCAACGGCCACCUGGACUCCUAUGAGAAAGUCACCCAGCUGCCUGGGCCCAUUCGGGAGUUCCUGGACCAGUACGAUGCCCCGCUCUAAAAAGCAAAGGGCAGAGGUUGGAGAAAGGGGCUUGGGUCCCCUCUCCUCCGUGACACAUGGCACAAGCACAAGAAGCCAGCCUUGAGAGAGUCCAGCAGCUCCGGGCCAGCCAGGGGCAGACAUGCCCCUCCCUCCAGCCCUCCCCCCUGCGGAACGGGGCAGGCGGACCUGGAAUGUGUUUGAGGGAAGGGGGAGUGCCACCUGAGUGCCCCACCCCCACUCCAGCUUCUCGGGAGAAGCCAGCUGGCCUAGUGGGACAAUAGUGGAUUCUCCUCGACUCCCCCCUUCCUCCACUCCCCCUCCGCGCUUCCAAACAGGGGAUGCUCGGGAGCGUUGAACUAAUAAGAACUGCCAGGGAAUCUUCCAACUUUCCAACGGAACUUGUUUGCUCUUUGAUUUGGUUUCAACCUGAGCAGGUCGCAGGGCCUGGGAAAGGAUGAAAGAGACAGGGUUCCCGAGGGGCCCCAGAGCUGCAGGCUGGCCAAGGAAAUGGAUGGCCAUACCCACUGCCCAGCCCAGGUGAGGGUGUGGCUGCAUGCUCCUCUCCCUGGCUCUGGGGAGAAGGGCAUGGGGUGACCUGAGGAAAUAUCCCGUGCCCCUCACCCUCUGCCUUGGGACAGCACCGACAACACAGGUUCCAGUCUACCUGGUGCCCAAGAGCCCAGGUCUCUUCCCCCGUUUUAAGGGGGAAGAGGAAUUUGGAGGAGGAUGCCAGUGCUGGUCAGGUGGUCUCCUUUUCCUAGCCAUGCUACACCUUCCAGCACCAGGAGCGGGGGAGGAUGGAGGAGGUGAGCCAUCUUUGACCCCAUACUCCCAGUAGAGAAGAUGGGGGACUAGGACAUUUGCCUUAAAUGCUCCCUGUCCCAUGGAUAGGGACUGGCAUAGGGAAAGCCUCACACUCGGCCAGUCCAACAGAGGCCAGUGGAUUCACCCAAGGGCGCCCAGCCAGGGAAAUGGGUGGGGGGUGGAGACCGCCUUCCCUGGACUCCUUGGACGCACUGGGAGGGCACUGGCCACUCCUAGCGCCGGGCCCUGCACAGCCCUCCCUCCUGCCUGGGUGGGGGAGGCGGGAAGUCCCCUGCAGCUCCUGCUAUGCCACAGCACUGAUGAGUGACAACUUAGAGGAAUGUAGCAGUGAUGGGAUUACCUGGAACUGUUUUUUCAGGGGGGAAACUAAACAAACACACAAGUUUUCUGUGUCAGGUCUGGGUGGGGCAGCUGUGUGUUGGGGUGGUUUUUUUUCUCUAUAUUUUGUUUCUUGUUUUUAAAUAAUGUUUACAAUCUGCCUCAAUCACUCUGUCUUUUAUAAAGAUUCCACCUCCAGUCCUUGCCCCUCCCUCAACUCAGGCCUUCGAGGCUAUAGGAGAUGCUUGAAGAACUCAACCAAAUCCCAACCCAAGUCAAACUUUGCACAUAUUUAUAUUUAUAUUCAGAAAAGAAACAUUUCAGUAAUUUAUAAUAAAGAGCACUAUUUUUUAAUGAAAAA